GUUCAGCCCAUUGACUGGAGCAAGCACGAGGGCCAAGGCUUACAACAGAAGCUUCCCUUUCAUUCAAUCGCCAUAUUUGGCGCCUCUCCACACUUUCAAAACCUCGCUUUCCCUCCCACAUUUCACUGCUUGCCUCUCUGUCACUCUCUUUCUCACACAUUCUCAACUCAUACACAGAAACAGAAAUGGAGCAACAGAGAAAGCAGAAGGUGGUACAGCAAGAACAAGAGGAACAAGAAGACAUACAACACGGUCCUUUCCCUGUUGAACAACUUCAGGCAUCUGGUAUUGCUGCCAUUGACAUAAAAAAGCUAAAAGAUGCUGGCCUAUGUACUGUAGAAUCUGUUGCAUACUCUCCAAGGAAGGAGCUUCUGCAAAUAAAAGGAAUCAGUGAUGCAAAAGUUGAUAAGAUCAUUGAGGCAGCUUCAAAGUUGGUGCCUUUGGGUUUUACUAGUGCCAGCCAACUCCAUGCUCAGAGGCUUGAAAUUAUUCAAAUAACUUCUGGAUCAAGGGAGCUUGACAAAAUCUUAGAAGGAGGAAUUGAAACGGGAUCCAUUACUGAAUUAUAUGGUGAGUUCCGUGCUGGAAAGACUCAACUAUGCCAUACACUGUGUGUGACUUGCCAGCUUCCAUUAGAUCAAGGGGGUGGCGAGGGAAAAGCAAUGUACAUCGAUGCUGAGGGAACAUUCAGGCCACAGAGGCUAUUACAGAUUGCAGAGAAAUAUGGGUUGAAUGGUGCUGAUGUUUUGGAGAAUGUGGCCUACGCUCGAGCAUAUAACACUGAUCAUCAAUCUAGGCUGCUGCUUGAAGCUGCUUCAAUGAUGGUGGAAACAAGGUUUGCACUUAUGAUAGUAGACAGUGCAACUGCUCUUUAUAGGACAGAUUUUUCAGGAAGGGGAGAACUCUCGGCUAGGCAAAUGCAUCUUGCCAAGUUCUUGAGGAGCCUUCAGAAAUUAGCUGACGAGUUUGGUGUUGCUGUCGUUAUUACCAACCAAGUUGUUGCUCAAGUGGAUGGUUCUGCGAUUUUUGCUGGGCCACAAGUCAAACCCAUUGGUGGUAACAUUAUGGCGCAUGCUACUACAACGAGGCUUGCUCUACGGAAGGGAAGAGGAGACGAGCGCAUUUGCAAAGUAGUGAGUUCUCCAUGUUUGGCCGAAGCAGAAGCAAGGUUUCAAAUUUCUGUAGAAGGUAUAUCAGAUGUAAAGGAUUGAUCAACUGUGCUUUGGCAUUUUGUUUUUGACUAGUUUUGUGACGUUUGAAGGUCAUUUUUAUUCAUCAAAAUGAUCUCUGUAUUACUAUUUCCUCAAGCAAACCAGGAAUAAGAUGCUUUUCUCCCCUAGUUGAAGAGGAAGAAUGUUAACAUUUUGCUUACGGUGAUCCUAGUUACCAAAUUGUGUUGAAGGUUGAAAUUUACGUGUUUAAGAAGUUAUUACA